UGCUACAUUUUGACAUUAGAAAGAAUUGUCACCUACUCUGAUUUCGAAAUUUUGAAACAGUUUUCACAAAUUUAUUUUUAAAAAAUCGCUUUAUUUCGAAUUGUUAAUCAAUAGACAAAAAAUACUUUUUAAAAUGGUUGGAGUGAAUAGUUCUUUAUGACUAACCGUACCAUCAACUAACACAAUUUCUCCAAGAUCUCCAAACGAUUCAAGAACAGUCUGUGAUUCUAGAAAAGAAAAUACGGACCUGGCAACGCUUUAUAAGGUGUAUCCAAUAAGCCCUGUAACAGGGCCAGGUGCAGCUCGGUCUGUAUGGGAACUCAGUCCAGAUCCCGACAUGGUCGGGCACAUAUCAGGCAAUUCGAUACCUGGCACUCACCACAACAGUGGUUUGAGCAAGAGCAAUGGUGUACGAGAGAGAAAUGGUCCUGACGAAAAUAUUUACGCCGACGAGACAACACCUGGCCAGAAUCCCACUGAUGAGACAAAGAAGAUUUUUGAAUUAUUAAGAGCUGGGGACAUAGAAACAGUAGAGGAAUUAGUAGAAAAAAAUGGACUGAGUAUUUUAAGUGUGCGUGACAAAUGGGGAUAUACACCAGCACAUUGGGCAGCAUUAGAUGGAAAUGUUGAAGUAAUGAGGUAUUUGAUAGAGAAAAAUGGUCCUGUAGAUUUAUCUUGUCUUGGUACCCAAGGACCUAAACCAAUUCAUUGGGCAUGCAGGAAAGGUCACAGUGCAAUCGUACAAAUCCUUUUAAAGGCAGGAGUAGCUGUAAAUACAGCAGAUUUUAAAGGUUUAACACCAUUAAUGACAGCCUGUAUGUUUGGAAAAUUCGCCACAGCCGCAUUUCUUCUGGGUUCUGGUGCUUUAGGUCAUUUGACAGAUAUUAAUGGAGACACAGCACUCCAUUGGGCAGCUUAUAAAGGCCAUCCAGAUGUAAUUAGGCUUUUAAUGAAUAGCGGAGUAGACCUCCAAAAGCCUGAUUAUUUCGGUUCAACUCCUUUGCACUUAGCAUGUCUUUCAGGCAACGUAAAUUGCGUCAAAAUUCUCUGUGAAAAGAGUAAAAUUGAACUUGGACCAAAAGACAAAAAUAAUAAGACUCCUCUACAAUUAGCAAAGAGUCAUCGACAUUCAGAAAUUGUAGCUAUUUUAGAAGGUGAACAAAAACGUCGUGCUCGUUGGAUACCACCAAUAAAUGAGCUUUGGGCACUACUGUUUGGAGGCGCGGGUAACAGCAAAGGGCCUUUAUUAUUAUUCAUGGGCUCUGUUCUCCUUUGGGGAUAUCCUAUGUAUGUGUUAAAAUGUAUUCCUAUUACCUGGAACCUUCUACGUGGUAGCCAUUAUUGUUUUAUUUAUUGGAAUAUAAUUAUGUGGAUCUCCUGGAUCGUAGCUAAUAGAAGAGAUCCUGGUUAUGUGCCUCAAAAUAGUGAUACGUAUUACAGAGCUAUUAAACAGAUUCCUUAUUUCGACAAAUGGAAAAAAAGAAAUGUCAUUUUAUCGCGACUUUGUCAUAGUUGUAGGUGUUUCAGACCACUCAGAGCUAAACACUGUAGAUUUUGCAAUCGUUGUGUAACUUAUUUUGAUCACCACUGUCCUUUUAUUUACAAUUGUGUAGGCUUGAGGAACAGAAUGUGGUUCUUUCUAUUUGUAAUGUGCGUGGCAAUAAAUUGCUCUUUUACGCUCUACUUCGCUUGCUAUUGCAUUGCGAUUGAAGGAUUGCAGUUGAUGUACGUGUUGGGUCUGAUAGAGGCGCUUGCUUUUUGCGGACUCGGUUGGAUACUAACAUGCACAUCAGUCUUGCACGCCUGCAUGAAUUUAACAACUAACGAAAUGUUUAAUUACAAGAGAUAUUCUUAUUUAAGAGAUAAGAAAGGAAAAUAUUCAAAUCCUUUUAGUCGUGGUCCUCUGCUCAAUUUUAUUGAAUUCUUCCUUUAUCCUCCUGAUCACCAUGCCACUGAUCCUCAACACUAUCACAUUCUCUUUGAAGAUAUGAUGUAGUUUUUUUUGGAAAAAAAAAUCUAAAUAAUUCAAUCUAAAUAAUAGUAUCAGCAGUUCAUUUUGAAACAAAAAAAAUUUUAAAUAUAAAUAUCAUUACUACUGAUACUUUUAUAACAAAAAAAAAACCAACUACUGCACUCUAAUUUUCCUAUAAAGGAUUUUUAAUUUCUCACGCCAUUAUUCAUUAAAGUUUUGAACAAAUAAGUUCAAAAAUAUUUCACAUACGCACAAUUAAAUAAUA